AUGAGUGGUAGAAUCUUCGAUUUAAUUGAUUUAGAAUGGUUAAAUCAAGCUAAUCAACAAAUUCAAAGCGGUAUUAACGUCGAAACCGUUCUCCAAAAUGUCCCUUUAACAGAUGGAAGAAUUCUUCCCACAAUAUCACAUACUUUAGAUCUCUCAGAUCUAACUCUCGACUGA